UGAUAGCCGGCAAAAAUUGCAAGUGAGAGGCGUCAUUGAGAUUUGCAAAAAUUUGAGAUAAAGUAAAUUUUGAUUGUUGCUGCAUAUAAAAUAUUAAUGCGUAUAUUGCACACAGCAAACGCGUUACGCUCAGUAUUCUGUCGUGGCUAUAGCGUUAGCCCUCCAAUUAGAACUAUGGCAACGGACAUCAAGUUUAAUGCGUCGCUCAGUCGCACGGAUCCGCAGGUGCAGCCGGUGUUAAUUAUCGGUCAGCUGCGGCAUUUGAAUCUGUUAAAGUUCAGCCAGCUGGCUGGCAAAUUGGAGCCACGCGUUAACGAGGAGACAUUUAAAAACGCUAUCGCCUGUCUGCAUCCGGCGCCGACGGACAAGUGCUCGCUCUAUCUGGAUGUGGCCACAGUCGCUGCGCUGCCACUGAAGGCAUCGCGACAUAAUACUGCCUCGCGGGCUCAUUCGAUAACGCGCCUGGUCAAGAACCAUGUGCUCAACGUGAACGAGGAGAGCGUUGUGCUCGUCUGCGAGCGUGAGAACCUCUUUGCCAGCGCGUGUGCCGUGGUCCGUGCCUUUCCUCUUUACUCGCGCAAAACGGGCAAUGGCAACGGGGGCAAGUCGCCAAGCAGUGAGGUUGGAGAUGGCCAGCCAUCGCGCUCUGUGGUCAAUGUGGAAUUCGUUAUCAUUGACAAGGAUGGCUGCGUGGAGCAGGAGCCCCUCAGCCAGGACGACAUCAAUUGCCUGAAUGAGACGGCGCGCGGUAUUCGGCUUGCCGCACGCAUUGUGGACACGCCCUGCAACGAGAUGAACGUUGAUCACUUUAUUGAAAAUGUCAGCGAGUUUGCCAAAGAGCUCUCCAUCCAGCCUCAAAUCAUACGCGGCGAGGAGCUGCGAGAGCGCGGCUUUGGCGGCAUCUACGGCGUUGGCAAGGCGGCAGCUGUGCCCCCAGCAUUGGUUGUGCUCUCGCACGAGCCGAAGGGGGCGCAGGAGACGAUUGCGCUGGUUGGCAAAGGCAUUGUUUAUGAUACCGGCGGCCUAAGCAUCAAGGGCAAAACCGCCAUGCCGGGCAUGAAGCGGGAUUGCGGCGGUGCAGCUGCUAUUCUGGGUGCCUUCUAUGCGGCCGUUAAGUGCGGCUUCAAGGAUAACCUGCAUGCCGUCUUCUGUUUGGCCGAGAACUCGGUGGGUCCAAAUGCCACGCGCCCCGAUGAUAUACACACCUUGUACUCGGGCCGCACCGUGGAAAUCAACAACACGGAUGCCGAGGGUCGUCUGGUGCUCGCCGACGGCGUUUGCUAUGCCAACAAGGAUCUUAAGGCAAACAUUAUACUUGAUAUGGCCACGCUGACGGGCGCUCAAGGCGUUGCAACGGGCAAAUAUCAUGGCGCCAUAUUGACAAACUCAGAGCCAUGGGAAUCGAAGGCAUUGCAGGCCGGACGCAAAUCCGGCGAUUUAUUGGCGCCCAUUAUUUAUUGCCCCGAAUUGCAUUUCUCCGAAUUUGCAUCGGCCAUUGCUGAUAUGAAAAACUCUGUUGCGGUAAGUACCCACUAUUUUACUAAAAAAAAAAGAACAAAAAGAAAAUUGAAAAUAGUAGAAAACUUUCAAUCAACAUUGCUGCAACUUCAAUGA